AAUAAAAUAAUUUGUGUACCAGAAAAUAAGGAACUUCCGGUGUGCACGCGGAAAACGCAACUGCAGCUACUUCCGCGUUUAGCCUGACUGCCAAAACCGAAAAAAUGACGGCCACUCUGCGUCCAUAUCUCAAUGCUGUGCGAGCCACGCUGCAGGCCGCUCUCUGCCUGGAGAACUUCUCCUCUCAGGUGGUGGAAAGACACAACAAACCAGAGGUGGAAGUCAGGAGUAGCAAAGAGUUGCUCCUCCAACCUGUAAUCAUUAGUCGUAACGAGAAGGAGAAGGUUCUAAUCGAGGGAUCCAUCAACUCUGUCAGAGUGAGCAUCGCCAUCAAGCAGGCAGAUGAGAUUGAGAAGAUUCUGUGCCAUAAAUUUAUGCGUUUCAUGAUGAUGAGAGCAGAAAACUUCUUCAUCCUUAGGAGAAAACCAGUGGAGGGAUACGACAUCUCUUUUCUCAUCACCAACUUCCACACUGAGCAGAUGUACAAGCACAAACUAGUGGAUUUUGUUAUUCAUUUCAUGGAAGAAAUCGACAAGGAGAUUAGUGAAAUGAAGCUGUCCGUUAAUGCCAGGGCGCGCAUUGUGGCAGAGGAGUUCCUCAAAAACUUCUGAGAGAGAGAGAAGACCUAAGAACACAUUCCUUAUUGCAAUAUUGGCCGUCACUGUGGGCCCUAUACAGCAGGGCAGCUCCUCCCUGAUGUUUUUCAAGAGGGGUAAAGAAAUAAAGGAUGUGCAGUAAGGCUGUGCAGGCAGACGGGGCACUUCCCUUUAACCUGAAGCUCAUCCUGUGCUCCUGAUUAUUGAUGUCUGUGCUAAAUAUUCCCACCAUGCUUUCAUUUUUCAAAGGUCAAAAAACACAUCAUCUGGAGUAAUGAGCACAGCAUUAAGCAUUUUUCUUUUUUUUUACAAAAUAUAAUUUAAAGUUUUAAAAAUAUAUUUACAUAUAUAUAUAUUAUAUGCACAUAAAUAUAAUUUUGCUUUGUUUUGUUGCCACAAAAUUGAAACUAUGAGGGCAAUCAGUUAAAGUUUUAUUUCCCAUGCACACAGAUGAAACAAAGUGAAAUAUCUGGCAAUGAAUAAAAAAA